AUGAGCGAAAAGAAAAGUAAAACCAAUGCUUCAUCAUCUUCGGGAGGAGAAGUCAAGAAGAAGCCUUCCAAGUUUCAUACUAAAAACAAGAAACAUCAACAACAUUCAUCAUCCCGAUCGAAUAAACAUUUCAUGAUCACUGGACAAAUGUCUGGUACUGGAUUUAGAAGAAGCAUUCAAACUGUGAAUGAUAAUGAAGAUGUUGAUCAGGAGGAACUUGAAAUGAUGCAACAAGAGGAAAAUUUAAAGAGAGCAAAAUAUGGUAAAAGAUCUCUUGUUGAUAAUUCUUUUAGAUUUAAAUCGGAGGAAGACGAUGAAGUGCAAACACCAGAAGCAGAAGAAAGGAAAUUUCAAGCAAAAUUACAACAUGAAUUAAAUAGAAUGGAAAAGGAAACCAUGAUGAUGAUUUCUAAUAGUGUAACUUUGACACAGUCAUUUGCAUCACCAGGAACUUCUAGAGGAUUAUUGGAAUGGGAAGAAGAAAAAUUAGAUUCAUCAGAUGCUGACUCUAUAAUGUCAAAAUUAUUCUACUUGGAUCAAUCUAAAUUGGCAACUUUGCUCAAGGAUCCAAGUAUUUCUGUUGAAAGAAGAUUAAAGUUAAUUGACAUUCAACCUUUCCCAUCCAAUAGCUCACCAGAAGAAAAUACCGAAAAUGUACCAUCAUCAUCAUUUGUACCAUUUAGUCAAUAUUUGAAAUCCAAGACAACACAACAACAGCAAGUGGAAGAUAUUUCAUCUGAUAGUGAAAACGAUGCUGAACCAAUGCAAGAAGAACCAAGUGUACCAACCAAAGCACCAGUCGAGCAAAUAACCACCCAACAAGAACAAACUACAGAAAAGAAACAAGACGAUUCAAUGGACAUUCUGGAUGAAAUUAUGGAAAAUGAAGUCAAGCACACCACUUUCACACUUCCAAAACCUAAAGUUGAACCAGUUAAAAUUGAUUUGAAGAAUGAUGACAUUCUGGAUGAUUUACUUUCAAUGCAUCCAAACCCUUCAUCUAGCUCAGCAACAAUUCCGAAAAUUACUAGUCCAAUUAACCCAACCCUUCCAAUCUCUACCCAAUCCAUUCCUACAACAUCAGCAACACUGCCAAAACAAACAUCUCCAGAAAACCCAAAAACCCAAGAGAAAGCAGGUGAUUUAGAUGAUUGGCUCGAUGAUUUGAUAAAUUAAUGCACUUUUGAAAUUGCUAAUUGUUUACAAAAAAAAUGGCUCCACGUAAAUUUGGGUACAGUUGCUUAAAGAUGGAAGAUGAUGUUGCCAGAUCAUUCGAAAAUAUUUAUAAUCUUGUGGAGAAGGAAUGGCGAUUGGACAAUCAUGGUCAUAAAAUUAAAGGAGAACCACAACACAAUUUUCACUCUACUCUUGUUGUGAAGAUUCCGAACGAAUACAAGGAAACUGCUCUUCAAGCAGUUAAGGAUUUUGUAAAUAAUCCAGAAAACAAAUUAUAUCCAUUCAAGGCUUCGGUAGACUCUUUUCAUGUAUCAGAUGUGGAUAGAAUCAAAGAUAAGAAGGUGAUUUGUCUCUUUGCAAGUAUAAAGAUUGAGAAAUUCAUUGAAGAUCAAAUGUCAUUUCUUCAAUUCAGAAGAAAAUGUGGAGAAUUAACUAAGGGAACGAUUGCAUACAAUGAGAACGAGUCACAUGUCUCAAUAGCAUAUACAGAUGAGAAAUAUAGAUCGGAAUUAAGUGAAAUAACUUCAUCAGCUAAACAGUUUGAUUUCACUCUCAAUUCCUUUGCUUUAAUUUUUGGUGAUAAUGAAAUACACCAAAUUUCAUUCAAUAAUUUACCUUCCAAUGUUUAAUAAAUUAUUGAAUUUUU